ACUACGAAAAGGUGUAAUAUUCCGAAGCCUUUAAUUUCCCCUUUCAUGAGAGAGAGAAAUUGAUGGGAAGAGGAAGGGUACAGUAUGAGACACAUACAAAUUACCUUUUGAUUCUUAUGAAUAUGUGUGUCAUUUGCAUCGAAUGCCUGCCUGAGCGAGAAGCCCUGUCCCCGGAGCUGAGGGCCGUCACAGCAUAAUUGCCAGGCCCCUCCUGCCUCCCCCACAGGGGAUAGCGUGGUGCUCAAGGUCAGCACGGAGAUGUCCUCCUGAAAGUUUCCACCUCGGACCUCCUGUGUCAAGAACAGAAGAGUGUGGGUGCUGUGUCCUGCAUGGGCCCUGAAGGUUCAGGAAGGCGAGAGGAGAGUGUUGCAGUCAGCCACCCCUGCUCCACGGUGACCCUGUGCGACCAGAAGGUGGUGACCAAAACUGCGGACACAUCAGAAGAGAUGCAACAGGAUUCGGUGGAGUGCACUACUCAGGCGUUGGGAAAAUAUAAUACAGAAAAGGACACUGUGGCCCACAUCAAGAAGGACUUUGACAAGAAGGACGACCCCACCUUUCACUGCAUUGCGGGAAGAAACUUCGGUAGUUAUGUGACACGUGCAACCAAACGCUUCCUCUACUUCUACCUGGGCCAAGUGGCCAUUCUUCUGUUCAGAUCUGGUUAAAAGCAUGGACUGUGCCACAUACCCAGUGAUCCACCCAAAACCAAGGACUGCAGCCUAAAUUCCAAAUACAGAGACUGAAAUCUUCAGCCUUGCUAAGGGAACACCUCGAUCUUUGAACCUUUUGUUGUUGUUGUUGUUGUGUACAGGGCAUUCUCUGUACUAGUUUGUUGUGAUUAUGAAACCUUUAGCAAAACAGCUUACAUUUGUAUUUCUUUUCUAUUCCAUACUUCUGUGCCCCAUGUGUUUUUUUCUCUUAAGCCCAUUCCUUCAAAAAAUAAAUCUGUUGGCAAUGUAAAAAGUAGAUAAUGAACACCAGGAGAGAGAUCUUUGGUAAAAGGGAAGGGGAAGGAGACAGAAACGAAAUAAAAAUGGGCUCUGUUCAUGCACUAACUCUUCACGAGGAAGGUAAUUGUCACUGCAAACAUGGAUCCCUAAAAAUAAAAAAUUUAAAAGUUUCAAAUAAAAGAAGACCAGAAAGAGGGAGACGGACUUUAUGUAGAGAUGGGAAGAGGAC